UAUUAUUUGAAUGAAUCUGAAUCAUUUGAUCACGUGAUCAACCAUCGUUGCUGUCAAUUUUUCGCGUUCGAUUCAUGAAUUUUUUUCUUAAACAAAAGAAUCGAAAAAAAUGACGGAAUCAAAUUUUCAACAACGAAAAAAUGCAUUUUCACAAAAUGAAUUUCUAUUACAGGGUAGUAUUUUGGAUGAAUCAUGUGAUGCAUUAUUACAAAAACUACGUGGUUUUUGUGAUAAUUCCGAUAUGCCACCACCAAAAUUUAAAGAUCAUGAAAUGGUUUUUGCUAUCAAACUUCCAAACGGUCCAUCAAGUAUGCUACGUGUUCGACGAUCAAUAGAUUGUCCAAAUAAUCCAUGGAAUUUACGUUAUCUUGGCCAUAAUGAUACUGAUCGUAAUCGUGCAACAUUAUCACGUACAUGUAUCGAUUGUAAUACAACAUCAAACAUUACACAAUUUCUUAUGGAAAUGGGAUUUAAAUUAGAAUUUGAAUUCAUUCUUCGUGGUUGGAUGUUUCGUAAAGGUCGAAUGAAAAUUCUGGUUUUUAAAAUAUUUCGUAUUAAUGGUGGUGGUAGUAGUGGUGGUUUAGUUGCAACUAAUAAUAUGUUAAUCGAUGAAAAUCUUGAACCAAUAACUAAUUCACAUCUAGUUGAAUUAAGUGUUAUUGCACCAUCAUAUCAAACAGCCAUAACUGAUGAAAUGAAACAAUUUGCCGAAUUUCUUAAACCAUUAGUUAUGUUGGAAAAUAUUGAUAUGCGUAAAAUUAAUCAAUGAUCGAAAUCAUUCAUUUUUAAUUAUAUUCAUAUUUCUGUAAUUUCAUGAUC